CCAAAGAAGCCGCCGAAACCUAAGAAGGGCAAGGGCAAACAGCCGGCGCUCGAGGACGAGACCGAGACGGUCGAGAGCGAUGCCGCUGCCAAACCCAAACGCAAGCCGCGCGCCAAGAGCAACAAGUCAACACCACCCGAAGGCGAGGACGGCUCCGUCGAGCCCAAGCGCCGAGGCCGCCCACCCCGCGAAGACACCCCCUCGGACGCCGAAGACCACGUCAUCGACCCGGACGCAAUGUGCAUGGACGACCUCGCCUCGCGCAACAUCCGCGUGGGCAAGCUCUCACGCCGCGAGAGGGAGAUGCGCAAAAUCGACUGGGACGCCGUCAAGCAGCGCCGCCGCGAGGAAGACGCCCGCCACAUCACCACCAAAGAAGCCCAGGCCGCCGUCGACAAGCUCCUCGAGUCCGGCCAAGUCGAACAAACCCCCACCGGCCCGCGCUACCACGUCGUCGACGGCCGCAUCGAGCUCGUGCAAGACUCGGGCACCAUCGACCGCGAGCGCGACGCCGACCGCGAAAUCGAACUCAUGACCAUCACCGAGGAAGACGACCUGACCACCCGCAUCACCUCCCGCAGCUUCAUGAAGAACAACAAGCGCUUCCCCAACGACUUUGUUCUCCCCGGCCAGGGCAAGCGCUGGAACCCCCAGUCGACGGACUUGUUCUACCAGGGCCUGCGCUCCUUUGGCACCGACUUCCAGAUGAUCGCGCACAUGUUCCCCGGCAUGACGCGGCGCUCCAUCAAGACAAAGUUCACUCGCGAGGAGCGCGAGAACCCCGACCUCGUCCGCGACUGUCUGCGCGGCGAGUCGACCCUGGCGUCCCACUGGGGCGCGUUUCUCGAGGCCAGCCAGCGACAGGACGACAGCUUCGCCGACGCGGACCGCAUCAAGAGAGAUCUCGGCGAGGAGGAGGCCCGCAUGCGCGAGCAGAUUGAUCAGGCGCUUGCAGACAAGGCAGAGCGCGAGCACCAGAAGAAACUAGCGGGCGUGACCGAGGACCGCGACGGUACUGAGAAGGACGGCAGGGGCAAGAAGAAGAAGCGGGUCAAGGACAAGACGGUCUCGUUCCACGAGGAGGGCGUCGAGAUCCUCGGCGACGUCGACGACGAUCCGAACUGGGGCCAGCAAUGA